AGGAGUAAGAGAGGGGGAAAGAAAGAGGAAAAGAGUGUGAGGGAGUGAGGGAGGGAGGAAAAUAAACAACAAAAAAUGUCCUCUUCCUCCCCCACCGGGCAGAUUGCAAGUGCGGCGGACAUCAAGCAGGAGAAUGGGAUGGAAAGCGCCUCGGAAGGACAGGAGGCGCACCGAGAAGUGGCGGGGGGCGCGGCGGCUGGGCUGAGCCCCCCGGCUCCAGCCCCUUUCCCUCUGGAGCCGGGGGACGCCGCGGCUGCCUCCAAGGUAAGCCGGGAGGAAGGGGCAGCGGCGGCCGGAGCGGCAGAUCAGGUACAACUCCACUCGGAACUUCUGGGCAGGCACCAGCACCCAGCCUCCGCGCAGCCCCCGCUGGCCUUCUCGCCGGACCAUGUCGCCUGCGUGUGCGAGGCUUUGCAGCAGGGGGGCAACCUGGACCGCCUGGCCCGGUUCCUGUGGUCCCUGCCCCAGAGCGACCUGCUACGUGGCAACGAGAGCCUCCUGAAGGCGCGAGCGCUCGUGGCCUUCCACCAGGGCAUCUACCCUGAGUUGUACAGCAUCCUCGAGAGCCACAGCUUCGAGUCGGCCAACCAUCCGCUGCUGCAGCAGCUCUGGUACAAGGCGCGCUUGAAUCAGAUGGCAACCCCAGCACUGAAGAUGAAUCCAGCAAGGGACAUGAGGAUUUGUCUCCUCACCCAAUUCCUGGUGCAUCUGAUGCCGUCACCAACCUCAGCCUUUCUAGCCACAUGGAGCCAGUAUAUAUGCAACAGAUUGGAAAUGCUAAGAUAUCACUAAGCUCUUCUGGAGUUUUGUUGAAUGGAAGCUUGGUACCGGCAAGUACUUCGCCUGUCUUCCUUAAUGGUAAUUCUUUUAUUCAGGGACACAAUGGCGUUAUCCUUAAUGGACUGAAUGUGGGAAAUACACAGACAGUGUCACUGAACCCAUCAAAAAUGUCUUCAAACAUUGUGAGCAAUGGCAUAGCCAUGACGGACAUCCUGGGCUCUACCUCCCAGGAUGUGAAAGAAUUCAAAGUCCUCCAGAGUUCUGCUGUGAACUCAGCAGCCACCACCUCCUACAGCCCUAGUGCCCCUGUGACAUUCCCAGGGCUGAUACCCUGCACUGAAGUGAAAAGAGAAGGCAUCCAGACAGUGGCCUCCCAGGAUGGGGGCUCUGUGGUGACUUUUACUACACCAGUGCAAAUUAACCAGUAUGGCAUUGUCCAGAUCCCUAAUUCCGGAGCAAAUGGCCAGUUCCUUAAUGGGAGCAUUGGAUUCUCUCCACUGCAGCUGCCUCCUGUCUCAGUAGCAGCUUCACAAGGUAAUAUUUCAGUAAAUCCAAGCACUUCAGACGGAAGCACGUUUACAAGUGAAUCCACCACAGUCCAGCAUGGCAAACUGUUCCUGAGCCCUCUUGCUCCCAGUGCAGUGGUAUACACUGUUCCUAAUUCAGGCCAGACUGUAGGAGCUGUGAAACAGGAAGGCUUAGAAAGAGGCCUGGUUUUUUCUCAGUUGAUGCCUGUCAAUCACAAUGCACAAGUAAAUGCAAAUCUAUCUUCUGAAGAUAUCUCUGGAAGUGGCCUCCACCCCCUGGCCUCUUCACUAGUUAAUGUGUCCCCAGCUCACAGUUUUUCCCUGUCUCCCCCUACACUACUAAAUCCCACUGAGCUAAACCCUGACAUUGCUGAGAGUCAGCCAAUGUCUGCACCUGUGGCAAGCAAAUCUACUGUGACAUCUGUCAGCAAUACUAACUAUGCAACCCUUCAGAACUGUUCCCUUAUUACUGGUCAAGAACUAUUGUCAGUCCCUAUGACUCAGGCUGCCCUAGGGGAAAUUGUUCCUACAGCUGAAGAGCAGGUGGGCCAUGCCUCACCAGCGGUACACCAGGAUUUUGUCAGAGAACAUCGCUUGGUUCUGCAGUCAGUAGCUAACAUAAAAGAGAAUUUCCUACGAAGUUCCGAGAACAAAGCAACAAACAAUUUAAUGAUGUUGGACUCCAAAUCCAAGUAUGUCCUGGAUGGCAUGGUUGAAACUGUCUGUGAAGAGCUGGGAACAGACAAAAAAGAGCUGGCCAAGCUCCAAACUGUCCAGUUGGAUGAAGAUAUGCAAGACUUAUAAACCUGAUUCGCUACACACAUACCCCGUUUCCCCAUCAGCAGCAAUUUUUUUCCCCUGUGAAUCCCUGAAGAUGGAGAGCCUUUACUCCUUUAGAGGAAAGCACUCUCCCUGUGCAAGCAAAUGUAUUUGGAUUGAUCUGCAUGAAGAUCAUAGUUAAAUAUACAGGAGUGGAACUACAUUGCUGAAGCCUUUCUGUUCACAUCAGUUCGCUUUUAAAUACAUGGCGACAAGGCAACAAGUGAAGUGUAUCAAACCAUCGUAUAUCAUUUAGUCAGCAAUAUAAUUCUAAGGUUGAAAUGGUACGUGAUAAUAUUUUAAAUUUAAAAUGUAUACACCUAACUUAGAAAAUUCAAUAAUAGCUAUGGGCCAUUAGAAGCAAUGCAGUUGAUUUUUGUUUACUUUUACUCUAUGGGCAUUGAGAUGGUUAAGAAGCAAUGACAUCCAGAUUAUUAUAAGGGUAUAUUUUUUUUUAAUUAAGUAGCUUAUAUAUGUGUGUGUUUGUGUGUACAUACACACAUUCAUCGUUUUCAGCAUUUGGGGGAAAGGCUUGGUUUUAAGUCUCUAUGUGUUUCCAAAUGUGAUUGCUGAUCGUUAAAUGUGUCAGAGAAAGUUUGAAACUCCACUAAACUCUUGACACUACUUGGGUAUGAAUGUAAAUAUGCCAGUUCUAUAAACAGGAUUUGAGUAAGUACAGUGAAUUUUUAUUUAUACCAUGUAUGUCUCUUAGUCUUUAGGCUCUAUGAACUGAAAAGAAAAAUGUUUUCUUACUGUUUAAUUUAUAUUUAUUGUUUGAGCAGGAAUAGAGCAUCUUUGUUUCCAACCAAGUUUUAUUUUUUUUUUUUUUUGUGAUUUUUAUCAAGAGUCUCUUAAGGUCAAUGUUACACUGAAACAGGAACUUUUAACCCCCGAUACUGGAAUUUUGGUACGUCUUGUCACAACUUUCUUUAGAAACUUUGAUUCGUUUAAAUAUGUUUUAUAUAGACUCCUAUGUGCCUUUUUACCUUGUGGCCUUUUUUAUUAGCAGUAAGGUACAAAAGUGUCAACAAAAGUGUUGAUGGCUCUUUUGUACUGUCAAACAGGGUUAAGUUUACCGCAGAGCCCCUUCAUAUGCAAGGACUUAAGUUUCACUGAAUAUUAUGUGGAUGUUUGUCAUUCAAAUGGAUAAACAGUUAGCUUUGAUGCUUUUCAUUAUGAUGAAAGUUAAAAAAAAAUUAUGGAAGACCAUGACCAUCAAUAAUGCAGGUUAGGAAGAGAGCCAUUUUAAAGUAAACAAAGUAUACUUAAAUUGUAUUACACAAACUUCCAUCUCAUUGAAGCUUCAUUCUCGGUGUUUUGAAUUAGUUGAUACACUGUGACACAUGACUGUGGCCUGUCCUAUUUUAUCAUGUCUCCAUUACAAGCAAAUCCUUUGGGUUUCUGUAGGAUAUUCCCUUGUAUGAUGUGGUCAGCUGUGUAUUAAAGUUUUAGCAAGACUCUGAACCCAAGAUGUAACAAUGCAAAUGCCUUCAUGUCGUUAGUGCACAUAGUCUCAGAUUUAAGAAAGUGAUCUUUUCAAAGGAGACUUUCAGUUGUUAUGCAUAAAGAUAAGACCACACCUUGUUUUCUUUAAGACGGGGAAAGAACUGCAUGAUUUCUAAUAUGCUGCUCCCCAUCUGAGCCUGUCGAGUAAGAGUCACCAAGUAUUUAACGUUUGCUGUUAUUACAGAGGGAACUUUCAGUCUAGAUAAUGAGUCCUAUGAAAAAUUCCUUGCCAUCAUUUUGAUAAAACAAAACAAAACUUAAGUUCCAUUUUUUUGUGAAAUUGGUGAAUGUCCCUCAAUUGCUGAAAUGUGUGGUUUAGGGCCGAAGUUGUUUGUUUUGGAGUUUCUGUUCUGUUUAAACAAAGCCAGUUGUUUUAGUGUCGUCUUUCACUAGGCCACUGCUUACCCAGCUUGGUUGUCCUCAUCUCCCUCCCAGUUGUGCUGAACAUAUUAAUGUGAUUAAUUACAUGGUCUUGUAGUAUAGUUUACAUAAAAAAUGAUAUUUUCCAAUAGACUGCUGCAGAUAUCAAGGGUUAGUUAUUUUAGAAUAUCUGUCUGGUAAGGGAAGUGGGAGAGUAAAAAAGUUAUAUGAGGGGUGUGUGUGUGUGUGUGUGUGUGUGUGUGUGUGUGUGUACGCUUGCACGUGAUGGAAAACUUUCAUGUAUCUGAUGAAAGUAUCUCUUCUAUUCCGAGUUCUUUCUCUUUUUCUCCCUAUAAGAAAGAAAAGAUAGCACAAAACUAAAUACUUACCUAGGAAAUGUAUUCAUAGUCCAACAUGAUGUACUUCUAACCCUACAAGUACUCCAGGUAGCUAUACAAUCCACCAGGUAAGAAUCAGUGCACAUUACAAGAACUUACUGUUCUUUUCUAUUCUUUCAGUAAAUCAGGGCCAGCUGAUAUGUAGCCCAUGUAUAUGUGAAUGGAAUAAGAUAAACCCCAUGGUCUCCUUACACAGAAUUGCAAUUGACUUUUUUUUUCCAGAUACCAAGGGCCAGCCUCAGAGCCCUUGGAGUUCAUGUGGCAGAAUAUACUUUUUCUAUAAGCAAUGCUUGAAGAUGCUGCAAAUGACCCUCUGAUGAUUUGGGAAGAGGAGUCAGAAUCGGCGUAAAUAGCUCCCUUUAAAUCUCAACCCCUGCUGCUGGCUGUGGGAAUUAUUGGUGUCAGCUAUCUAUGCACUCUACAGCCAGAACUGGCACUCAGCUCUUAGUUACACCUAGUAGAGAGGUCAAGCAUUCGAAGGAGGUGCAUUUCCCCCCCUCAAACAAGCAAAAGCACCUGUGCUAUACUGCAUAAAUAUCUCAUGUACAAUUAUAGUAAAGACUGACUUAGAUGUGUUUUGGUGCCUUUCUUGUGUUGUGAAAGGCAGGUAGAUGUUAUAGUCAUAGGUUUUUUGUUUUGUUUUGUUUUAAAUCCAUAGUUGUAUUGCACACUGACCUUAACUCUCUCUGUAUGCUCCCUUGUUAUCCUGCAUGUUACAGUUGGAUUAUUGGGCAUGUGUAGCACACUGCCUUGCUACAUCCUCAAUAUGUGUGCAUUAGUACAUAACCACAAAUCCUUCAUCCUCUAAAAUGUUUUGUCAGGUCAUCUCGUGAAAAUAAUUCAGGAAAUCUAUGGGGAAAAUAAUUAUAUUUUACAAAAGCUGUUUCAAAGUCUUCCUAAAACUUAGAUGAUAGAACUUAAUGGUUAUUUUGUGUCUAAUUGAUACAUUUCAAUUUAAUUAAAUAUUACCACCGUAUAUUUUAUUAAUUGAAAUUAUAUAGCAUGUGACUCUUGGCUUUCAGGGUUUCUCAAAAGAAAAAUGUACCAUUUUGUUGCAUGUACUGUACGUAUAGAGGUAACCAGUUGUAGACUCAAUAUUGGUUUUACUGUGCCUUACAUGAAGAGAAACUCUACAGAAUGUAUAACGUGGGGGUGGGGAACAGAGCCUCUACUGCACUGUUAGGUGAUGGCACACAGCAUGUCCCAGAACAUUUCUGUGCUUAAUUACCCAACCAAAGAGAUCUAAAGUCUGUAUGUUGUACUGUAAUUGGGGGGGGGAGGUUAUGCCUGGACAAUUAAGUGUUUUAUUUGUUUUCUGAAAUGAUGUGAACUUAUUUUUCUAAACACUAUGCUAAAUAAACUUUAUAUUUAUACAUAC